GCCCGAAUGAAUCAAGACAUUGAAUUACAAAAACAACAAUUAUUAAAUAAAUAUAUGGAGAUAUCAGAAAAGCAAAAGCGAUUAAAUGGCAAACAAAAUCAACAAAAUAGAAAUUCUCAAAGAAAUGAAAGUCCAACUAGUCCCAGACUGAAAUUAAAUUCUUCACAAAAGAAUAAUUCUAGAAAUAAAAAGAGAAUAGGGCUUGUUAGGUAUUCUAAUAACGAAGCCUUACCUCAAUCGACGAUUCAAAAUUCCAAAAUGAAGUUUAAUCCCACGGAUGCAAGGUGGGAAGGUAAUGACAUUGAUUUAUUGAGAUUUGAAAAUAUAGCACCGUCAGCCAAUAGUUUAAAUAAAAGUCAAUCCAAUAGAUUAAUUAACGCUCAAGAUUUUGAUCAGAAGACCCACAAGAUACACGGAAAUAUGGUAUUUGAUUCCGAAAAUCUUAGGUGGAUCAAUCUUGAUGCAGAUGACGGAGAUGAUGUUUUCAAUGAUAUUCUGAAUUUGAAUUCGAAUCAAGAGCCAGAACUAAAUAGAAGUAUAAGUUUCAAACGAUCCGGCUCUACCAAGAGAGGCUUUAGUCAUUCAAACCAAAGAGCCAAUUCUACUAGCUCGUUAGCUAGUUCUGAGAUUCCUAGAAGUGAAAUUGAUGAUGUUGAAAAUGAUUCUGACGAAGUGUCUAAUGAUACCGAGACUGAAUUAUUUAAUAUUUCUGACAAGACAAUCGAAAGAUUUUUGAAGGAAGAGCAAAAGAUUAUUAAAAAGACCAAGUAUUGGUUUCAUAAUAAUGCAACUUAUAAUUUGAAUAGCAGAUCUAAUUUCUCACCCGAGUAUUUCUGGGAAAUUCGUAAGAUGGUUAUUGAUGGUGAUGAAGACUAAU